AUGAUUAAUAAGAUACAUGUGUUAAAAUCGUCGAGGAUGGAGCGGCCAGGUCGGCGGGCUAAGGCUGGGUCCCUGAGCGGGCUGUCCGGCGGGCUGGCGGGCGCGCCGGGCCCGGGCGGCGUGCGGCGCCAGCGCUCGCUCGAGUGGGGCGGCGACCGCUACAGCAGCAGCGACGACGACCGCCCCCCCCAGCCCCCACCCCUCGCGGACCGAGUGUUCGCCUCGCUCCUCGCUCAGGCCACGCAACAGUUCGACAAUGAGCAGCGCCGUAUUUACGGUUCGGAAGGCGGGGAGGAGUUACCGCGCUACGCAAGCAGUCCGCAGCGGCAGUCCUCACCCUUUCCUCAUGAGAGCACCAACCGAAGAUAUUACAGAAGAAACAGGAACUCUAAAGGUGAGGAGAUCUUCAGUGCGGAGACAGGUGGUACUCUGCAACGUCGUCGACGCGCCGACGACUUCCCGCACGACACCAACGCUCGCAAUGCACGCAUCUGUCUUAACAACGGUAAAUCAAACAACGGCGGGCAAGCAAGUGAGCGCGACUGCGACUCACCACCGGAGCCGGCGCCCCCCGAGGUGCCGCCGCGAGGACCGAGCCUGCACGUCACGCUCCGCCAUCGUCCCUGCGAGCCACCUGCUGAGCAGGACCGCCUGUAUCUGUCUGAAGGUAAGUGCUUACUGGUUAAUUGAACACGAUAAUCAAAAUGUCAUUAUAUUGUAUUGAGAGAUUUUAAUGUGGUAUUAUUGAAGGUUUCAAGUCUUAUUUCAAACCCCUAGACUUAAUAAUUUCUAGAAUGCCAUCAAGGACACUAUCAGAUGUGGCAACUAGAUGAACAUGUCGUGGCUGCUUAAUGCGUGAUUUUCUACAGGUUUCCACAGCAUGGCUACCGUAGUCAGGAUGACUGUAUGAGGGUCUAACU